AUGAGUACCGGGUCAACAAAGCUGAUGGUGUCGGAGCCCCAGUUGCUCUCGACUGCCUAUGCCACGAUUGCCAUCACUACCACCUUCAUGGCCAUUCGCACAGUUUUGCGAUUCACGCAUCGGAAGGGUGGGCUUCAGAUGGAAGAUGGGUUUGUCAUGUUGUCGUGGGUCACCUUCAUUGCGCUCGCUGUGAUGUACAUCGUCGUCACGCGGCCUUUAUAUCGAGUCGACAAGGCCAUUGGCACUGGCGUUCUAUAUCCGACCAUUGAGGACGAUGCUCUUUUGAUGAUCAAGAUCUUUUUCGCCAAUACCAUGAUCUUCUGGAUGGUGCUGUGGUCGGUCAAACUGAGCCUGUUGUUUUUGUAUCGCCGGUUAUUUGAAGGCUUGCCCGAUCAGAUGCGAUGGUGGUGGGGUGUGUUUGUUUUCACAGUCCUGACCUUGAUCGGAUGUAUCAUUUCGAAUUUUACUUCGUGCGAAAAUAUGCAUGCAUGGUUCACACCUGGACUAUGCUCAACCCAACGUGAUAUCAACGCCCAGCUCACUAGCCUCUACUUUUCCUUCGCCGUCGACGUCCUGACCGACAUUAUGAUCAUGCUCCUUCCAUUGAAGCUGAUCUGGAUCCUCCGUCUCCCGCUGUCGCAGAAAUUCGCGAUCGGGACCCUAUUCAGCAUUGGUAUCGUCUGCGUCAUCAUGGCCAUUGUGCGCACCGUACAAAUCGGGUCCCAAGCGAAAAGCGACAGUACCCCUUCUAGCUCAUGGCUGGCAUUUUGGGGAAUGAUUGAAGCUGGAAUAGCCGUUGUUAUCGGGACGUUGCCAGUGUUUGCAAUCUUUUUCCGAAGACAACAUGCCUCUCGACAAGGUUACGACUCCUAUGGCCGGUAUCACUACCGUAACGAAAGCGAAUACUCGAAUACACAUAGCAAAAAGAACAGUUACUCGCAGGGGUUCCUGAUGUCGGAUCGAUCGCGGAGAUCACAGCCCUGUUUGGAAGCGCCAAAAAGAGCGAGAUAUGGAGGGAUCAGUAUCACGAGGACGUUAGAGUACUAA